CUGUUUUGGGUUUCUGCCUGAUGCAAGUUGCACCGGGACUGAGAGCAAGUAUUUAACCGUGUGCUAUGACUUUCGUUAGAUAAUCAACAAUCGUCGCGGCUUUCCUCUUUGAAAAAUAUUUUAUCACAAGGGCUGUCAAAACAUUGGCACCUCACAGCUGCCGGUCUGUCAACUCGCAGCCUAACGGAGGAAAUUAAAGCCCGUAAUGUUCAACCCACACAUCCAUCAGCAGCAGCAGCAACAGCAACAGCAGCAGUUUCACCAGCACCUGCGGCAGCUACAACAACUUUUCCAGCAGCAGCCUCCGCCUCCUCCCCCGCCGCAGCCGCCUCCGGGGCAUCAUGUUGCGCAUCACCACCACCAGACACCGCGAGCCAUUACCGUUCCUCCGCAGACACCCACUCCUCCCAGGAUGGUCAACCUGUGCCAGGCCACUCAGACUACCAUCAUCGCCCCAAAUCCCAUGCUGCAGGGGGCCCUGCUGAUGCAGCAGAUGCAGGGUAACAUGCGGAGCUUUGGGAUGGGUGGACAGCAGUUCCGUCAGUUCUUCACAGCAGGGAACAGGUCGUCUCUGCUCGGACCGGUUCCCAUGGGGAUGGCCAUCAAGUCCCACAUCAUGGGUUUCCCAGCUGCCCGACCAUUUCACCCGCAUGCUCGCUACUACAACAACACCACCACCACCACCACCACCACAGCCUCUUCCUCCUCCUCCAUCACUACCACAGAUGCUGCAGCUCGCCAGCCAGACAGGAAGAGAGACAGCGAGCAGAUGGCAGCGGGGAGCGCAGGUGACCAACCAGCAGCUAGCAGUACCAAUGAAGCUACUGACAAGAGUGAAACAGAUGGUGCCGUGGGAGGAGUGGAUGGAGCUACACAGGCCUUUGAGGAGCAACAUGAAGAACCUGUAGUUAAGAAGCUGAAGACAGAGGGGUCAGAGGAGCCCAAAGAACCUGGCAUUGUUGAGACUGUCACUAUUGCAGAUACAGAUGGGGAAGUCCUUUCUUCAGAGUGUAACAGCAACACAGAGGACAGCCAGCCUGGAGACUGCAUCAUUCUGGAGGAAGGAGGCUCCACAGGGGGAUCGGAUGUUGUUGAGGCACUGGAGGAGAGCAGAGCUGCUGAGGGGCACAGCUGUUUGUCAGCCCCCUCCCCGUCUGGCAGGCUGAGUGAAGAUGACCAGCAAGUUGUUUUACCCCUGGAGGAAAUGCCAGAGGGCAAAGAUGCCUCUUUGCCUUCACCAGACAACCAGGAGGAAGGAGAGGAGGGUGUGGUGGAGGGCACCAACAAGUUCUACUGCUACCUCUGCAGCAUUACCUGCCACAACCAGCAAAAUUUCAGGAGUCAUAUGAACAGUGUUUCCCACCAGCAGAGGAUGAUGGAGAUCCAACACAUGAGCAACGCGUGCCUGGUCACCCUGCUGCCACGAGUACAGGAGUCUCUCCAGGGAGCAAACAAAGACGGAGAGAGGAAAGAAGAACUGAAGCAUUGGUGCGCCACCUGUCACAUCCACUUCACCAGCAGCAUCACGGACCACCGUCGCACAGAGGAGCACAAACUUGCCAGUAGAACAGCCAUCUCCUCCUGCACAGUCUGCAAGAAACACUUCAGGACCUCCCAGAUUUUUGUGGAGCACUUGCAGUCCCAGGAGCACAGACAGAAAGUGGAGAAGCUUCAGGAAAAGGAGGGCUGCGAGGAUUUGGGCAAGCUGACUGCCAUGGACACUGAUGGCUUUUCGUUGGAAGAGGUGGAGGGCAGUGAGGUGGAGGAGGGAGAGGAAAGACAGAGGAGUGAAGGAGAGCAAGACUGCUCAGAGAAACAGGAUGGCUGGUCCUCCUUUAAAGAAGUGACUCUGAAGGACAUAGCCAGUGAUGAGCAGUAUGACCCUGACACAGUCUACGGGUCCAGUUUUUUUGUUCCAGUCGCAGGUUUUAUCUGCAGACUCUGCAACAAGUUUUAUCACUUUGAAUCUUCUGCCCUGCACACCCACUGCAAAUCACUGAAGCACUUUGAGAACCUCAAGAGGUGCAGACAGUUGCUGAGUCAAAAGGUAGAAGCUGUUGCAUCUUCCAGAGAAUCUCUCCCAGCUGCAGACAGCCUCGGGCCUGCACCAGAAACCACCACAGACUGUUCGGAUGAAAAUUCCCACUCUGGUGACACUGCUUUAGUGACGAACGUAAACUCCAAGCAACCUAUCAUUACGCUCACCCGACUCAACAUGCCAACAGAAUACAAGCAACAGGAGGAACAAGCAGAUUCCAACCCAACUUCACAGGAGGCCGCCACCACCGGCAGCACAGACCAAGAGCUCCGUAGCAAGGAGGAGGAGACCACAUCCCAGGCCUCCGUAGGUCAGGAGAGACCUGCUGAGCUGCCUGCUGACAGCAGAGAGGAGCCUGACUCAGAGUCAGCAGUUGCUGCUGAGGCUGCUAAUGAAGGGGGGGAGGAGAAGGAAGCUCCUGCGGGCCCAGGGAAAAAGAGCGACACAGGGAAAGCAAAAACCACACCCAAACGCAGGUCAGGGAGGGCCACAAACAGACGCUGAGUCACAGAUAAGAUGUGGAAAGAGAAAAAGAAAGAAACCUUAGGAGAGGAUGUGUCAGUAUGUGAAGAGGUGCUUUCAUGAAACAGAGACCAAGCAGUGAACAGCCCUGCCUCUCUCCAUGUUGGAAAGUCUGAAUUAAACACACCAACACAUAGGAAGACUCAAUGCUGGUAAAACAUGGUGGAACAUGUGAAUAGUUUCCCAGGGUGGGAAAUUAACCGCUGACAGCCAUCAAAUACAGGUUGAAUCAGUGACGGGUGGGUAAGUAUCUUAAUACUGGCUCCUAGUAAGAGACUGAUGUUCUUGAGUAGGCUGAUCUGCAGCCUCACCAUUAGAUUAAAGCAAUCAAAUUGAGAUUUUGUGAGACUGAUAUUUGUGGUUUGAGUGAAAUCUCAUCAGUGUCCCCCUGCGGAUGAAUUGUAAUAACUUUGAGGAUCCCAUAACUGUCCAUCUAGCGCCAUCAUCGGGUCAAAAUUUCAGUUUGUCCAUUACCAAUUGUGUAUGACAAAAUACCACUAAACUAAUUGAAUUCCCAUCAGCCUCAGAUUAGCAAUUGUUAGUUACAUGCAAGACGAAGAUGAAGGACCUGGCAUCAACUAUACCUGCUUUACAUCAGCAUGUUAGCGUAGUUGACUUUGGAUUAAGCUCAUAGUACUGCUGCUACUAUUACAAUUUUACUGUAUACAAGUAGAAAAGAAUUGGGACACACUGAUUUAAAUUCAUAGCAGAUAUAUGUUAAAUUAUUAAAUACAGUAUUUAAAAGGUGUAGUAUGAUGGAAAUUUUCAAAACACAGGAGAAAAAGGAAAUAUGAGAAAUUGUGAUUUUGGGGGGUUUUUUUAUAAAUGAAUUUUUUUUUCACCUUCUAUUCCCAAAUGUUGCAAUUGCUGUAAUUGCUUCUGACCCCUAAAUGAACAGUCUCCAGGCUAUUUAAAUGUGGCCUAGUUUAAGAAAAGACCGGCUGAUUUUCCACCCAUUGGUCUCUGAGGCUGAUUCACCAAAAAGUGAAUUUCCCACCCUGCUGUCUGCAAGGAUCAGGAGGUUGCUAAUUCUCUAGCUAGCUGCAAUGAAUGAUUGUUAACUUAAUAUAACCUACAAGUUGGAGACAUUUUCAACAUUGCUAACCACGUAGCACAUGCUUUUUGCAACCUGAAAUGUAGAAUGUAACCAAAUUAAAUGUUGGUGAAAAGUUUUGUUUAAAAACCAUUAUAAUGGUACUUUGGCUUGAGUGUUGAGAAAUGCUGAAUCUUGAAUCUGAUCAUUGAUUUGUUCAGGGCAUUUUGUCAUCCUUUUUGUUUCUCUUUUUUUAAAGACAUCUUGGGUUUAAGUUGAUGUUAUGUUAAGGGCAAAAAAAGUCAGCAGCUUGUGGCCUUUUCACUGAAACAGUCCUGUAUACAUUCUCAUGUUUUGUUUUUUUUGUUGUUUUUUUUUCUUGUACAAUGAAGAGUUUAAGAAUCCCUGCACCGUCUGUAGGAGCUGAAUGUAUUCGUGAACACCAACAACAAAAUGUCUAAAAACCCCAGUAUUCUAAAAACGUUAAUGGAGCGCUAAAAUGAAAAUAUACAGCAGCCGACAGCUUCAUAAACACUGUCAACAGCAAGAAAAGAAAGGUGUUUCUGCAACAGGCACUGAAUUUAAAUUAUUAGCUGCUCCAAUGGGCCUGACAUUCAUAGGCUGCACUGUCCGUAUUUUACUUAUUUAAAAAUCUGAAUGCUUGUCAGUCAAGGCAGGUCAUUGCUGCUUGAAGCUUAAAAGACUGUAGACUUGUUGUUUUUCCUUCUUGCUGGCUGUUAGGUCUUCAGUCUUUUUGAGCUCCAAAUUCAUAAAGAUAAAAGCAUUUGUUUGAAUGCAUCAUGUUGGCACAACAGAGGACGGAGAGACACAGCACUGGACAGAUGGAAUCACAGUAGAGAUAAUGGAGGGAGGGAAAACCAUGAAGUGUCUGUAGACGUUUAAUGUAGCAAUUAUCCUUGCAGACUUUUAAACUGAUUUUAAGCACCAGUAACGUACAGCACGUUACAGAUACAGAUCAUACAAAUGUAUCACUUUGGUUCCAGCAUUUCAGCAGCCACAAGGCAUAAAUAAGGAAGCAUUACUUCUGUUCUUCGUGACUAAUGUGCUGCUCUGGAAACAUAUCCUCCACAUCAGAGAAGGAUAUUUUAAGCCACAGAAGACUGACACAUGUAGCAACUCUUGCAGUCCCAGUGGCGACUCACAUAAUGAAUAUCGCAUCAUGUUCUGUCUGAAGGAACAAGACGUGAUCGAAACUGUACUUUUUCAAUCUGAAACAGAAGGCAGUGGCAGAGAGAAAGGACAUGUACAGUACAAUUUCAGACAAAGCUGUAUGUUUCUUAUUGUAUUUUUAUUCAGCUACUGACAAAUUGAGAUGAACACACAGGUGAUGUUUUCUAACUGCUGCCAGUUUAUGUAUUUUUGGAUGUUUGUUUUCUGUUUGGGAGUCAUUUUAAUUUAUAUUAAAAUCUCUGACAAUUCC